AUGAUCGGCAUGGCCAUGUUCAACAGAGCCGGGAUGGGGCUCCGCGUGACUGCCAGACGGUUCUCGCUGGACCUCAGCGCCCUCAAGCUCAACUCCAACGGGCUGGAGCACUUGUACGCCGUGUUCAAGCUCCACAACAUGCCCUACCUCGUCACCAAAGGCGACAAGGUCUACUUGCCGUUCAAGCUCAAACACGCCGCCGUCGGCGACUCCCUCACCUUGAACCAGGUCACCACCUUGGGCCUGCCCGACUACACCUACAACAACGACCAAGGCAUCGACCCCAAGUUGUACACCCUCACCGCCCAGGUGCUGGAGAUCACCCGCGAACCCUACCGCGAGGUCAUCCGCAAAAAGCAGAGAUGCCGCCGGGUGAAGACGUUCCCCGUCGAGCCCUUCCAAACGGUGUUGACGAUUAACGAAUUGAAGUUGAACUAG